GGAUGGGGAGCAGCGUAUCUUCAUCUUUGGCGAAGUCAGCAACUGCUCCCAUGAACCAGAUCCAAGAAACAAUUUCUGAUCACUGUGUAGUGAUUUUCUCAAAAACAUCCUGUUCUUACUGUAAAAUGGCAAAAAAGCUUUUCCAUGACAUGAAUGUUAACUGUAAAGUGGUGGAAUUGGACACGCUUGAACAUGGAAGCCAAUUUCAAGAUGCUCUUUACAAAAUGACUGGUGAAAGGACUGUUCCAAGAGUAUUUGUCAAUGGAACUUUGAUUGGAGGUGCGGCUGACACUCACAGGCUUCACAAAGAAGGGAAAUUGCUUCCGUUAGUUCAUCAGUGUUAUUUGAAAAAAAGUAAGAGGAAAGAAUCUCAGUGACAUAGGUACUCAAAACUUUGCUGGUAAAUGUCAGUUAUGUAGAGUGAUAAUGCCUGAUAGUGUCUUUAAAAUGAGGAUGUUUUAAAUAUAUGAAUUCUCUUCAUGAAGAAGAUGUAAAAAUAAUGAACAAUAAAUUGCAGUGGAAACCUCA